UAUCUCUAACUCACAUCCUCUGUUUCCAUAGAAACACAGUCGUAGAAAAUGGCAGCAUCAGUAGCAAAAGGAGCGUCUCUCAGCCACAUAUCCAGAGAAUCCUCAGACAUCAGACGCCUCGCCAACUUCUACAAGGAGAUUUUUGGGUUUGAGGAGAUAGAAAGCCCAGACUUCGUGGAGUUUAAGGUCAUAUGGUUGAAUCUGGCUUCCGUUCAAAUCCACCUCAUCGAGAGGAACCCUAGCUCGAGGCUUCCAGAAGGUCCCUGGAGCGCCACGUCACCCGUCGCCGACCCCAGUCAUCUCCCCAGAGGUCACCAUAUCUGCUUCUCCGUCUCCAAUUUCGAAUCUGUUGUGCGAGCUCUUAAGGAAAAGGAAAUCAAAAUCUUUGAGAGAUCUCUUCCUGAUGGGAAGGUUAAGCAAGUCUUCUUCUUUGAUCCCGAUGGUAAUGGACUGGAGAUUGGAAGUCUGGCUCCAGAGAAAUAAACAGGGAGCUCUAGAGUGGAAUUUCUUUUCAGUCAAUAAGUUGCAGAGAAUGUUAUGGCCUACGCAUGCUAGAAUGUUUGUGUAUUUCUACUUAUUAUAAAAAAGAAAAGAAAAUAGAAUGUGUACUUUGAUGUUGGAUAUGUGUGUAUUCUUCUCACAAGCGUUUCAUGAAAAACAUAAAUUGUUAUCUUGGC